GGUGCGGAGAGGGCCGACAGUCACAGAGGGGAUCGGAGAGCCCGAGCGGUGCCGUGGAGCGCUGCCGAUGGUAGUGGGGAUGAAAAUUAGUUACGGCAUCUCCAAAGACCCAAAAGGAACUCCGCGCGCCUGCCGCUCCGUGCAAUGUUACGUGGUGGUUAAGGAUUGCCAGUGCCUCUCCGUUCUGUGUAAAGUGUCUCGUGAGGAAGAGUCUCGGAUAAGUGAUUCGUUAAUUAUGGCGCAUGGUGUCGCGGAAGGUCUGACAGCGACCGAUGAAGAGAACUGUGUUAAAAUGGUGACGAAACAUCAGCAGACUAGCAGCAACAGCAGCAGUAGCAGCAGCAGCAGCAGCAGCGUUCGGAAGACCGUGGGUGUGAUGGGGAGCAGACGGAUUUUCGCACCCGCGUUCAAGCUUAAGGUCCUCGAUUCGUACAGGAACGACAUCGACUGCCGUGGCAAUCAGCGGGCGACGGCCAGGAAGUACGGGAUUCAUCGCAGGCAGAUACAAAAGUGGUUGCAGUGCGAAGACAGCCUGCGAUCCAGCUGUGUCGAUUCGGCCCUGCCGGGACGUGCUUCUUCUCACGGUCACUCCUCCGUAGGGAAUUCCACGGUUUCCGGGGCCCCGGGAUCCGAGGGCCCUCGCGAGGCGGCGGCCGCGGCUCCAGCGCCGGCCUUGAACCUAAGUCGCGCCAGACUGCAUGGCGACGAAGAGUUGUCUCUUCCACCGACGCACCAAGGGCCCCCCCUUAGGCAGCACUGCCCCGCUUCACCCCGUUACACCAGUCCGCGUAUCGUGGCUGUGCAAAAUGGGAAUAAUAAUAAUAAUAUCAACAUUAUCAAUAAUAACAAUAACACUAGCAAUAGCAACGACAACGCCAUGUUAUCGCCCGCGAGCAACAACAACACCCUGCAACAGCACUACCUAGCUAGUACCACCCAUCCGGAGUUUCUCGGUGCUGGUCUUCCCGAAACAUCCGCGAGCCACGAAACCUACGUCUCGUCGUCCCGAUCGGACGAAAGGAGCAGCUACUACAUGGCAAACAGCAGCUACGAGGUCGACUCCGCAGUUUUGUACGACGAGGGAUCGCCCGACGUCAAUACGUACCAGCAGGCAUCCUCGUCGAGGUAUAAUCGCUCCCCGGUUCACAGGUAUAACCCGCAUAAUAUUUGCCAUGAGAAUUUCCCAGCCAUCUCUGCUACGGAGCGCGAUAUCGGGAGUCAAAUAUCGCCUGCAGUAACGAUUAAGAACGAGCCAGCCAGCCUAGACGCGGUGGCGGCGGUGGCAGCCGCGGCGGCGCCAGGGCCGUGCGAUCCGCGGGACCAGCCGACCGGGCGCCCGAGUUCCCGCUCGGCCCUGUCGCCCUUGCCUCCCCGCGGCUUGUCACCGCCGCAUCACGCCACCACCGCAGCCGUUCACUCCGAGGUAUCACGCACGAGUCCCCUACGGACACAGGCAACCCGGGAUGACGGAGGAGCCAGCGGCGCGGCCGAGGCGGACGAGAAUUCCGGGAACGCAAACAAGGACGGGAACAGCGUUGCGUCGCUACGCCAAGCAAUCGCGCGUCCGCACGCCUAUCCAGAACCACAGCAGCAGCAACAGCCUGGCACGCACACGCUCGCACAGAUUCAUCAUGAACAGCUCCAGCAUCAGCACCAGCAUCAUCAUCAUCAUCAUGUAUCGCAAACACAUUCGCACUCGCUGGGGGACAGCGAAUGCGUCGAUCCCAUCCAGCCACCUGCGUUGCCCUCUUCGGCCCCGAUACAAUGCCUGUCGUCCGUCAGGAGCAGCCCCCCUUUGGAAGGGGUGUUUCGCUCGGGUCCCUCGAGCCCCGCACAGAGCCUCCCGAGUCCGCAUAGUUCUCGGGGCCCCUUGAGCUCGGGGCACUCGACCACGAGCUCCGACAGCGAUACGGACGCCCUAGACUACUCGACGGCAACGACGCUGGCCCCCUCCAACGACCUUGCCCGACGUCGUUCCUUCUCGCUGCGAUUCAAGCUCGACGUUCUCGACGCCUUCCACCGCGACGCCGGUGUCGCUGGAAACCAACGCGCCACUGCCCGUAAAUUUGGUAUCAAUAGACGGCAGGUACAAAAAUGGCUCUCCCAGGAGACCGAACUCAGGGGUGAGAUCGCCCUACGCGGCGGUAUAUCCAGGCAGCGACUCGGCCCUCUUUCCUUCGCCGACUCGCCGAUCGAUCUUCGGACCAAUACUACACCCGCCGAUCUCAACGACGUCCCUCAAUUAUCGCCGCUGGAACGGACCUCCGCUGAUCCCUACUGCUGCUACAGCCCGGACCCGGUUUCUCCGCAUCAAAGGCAGCCCUCGCACUUCGUCUCCGCCGAAACAUCGGAAAUAUUAUUGAGCUCAACCUCGGGACCGCGACGAUGCACGCUCUCCUGUUGUGCCGACAACGCGUCCUGUUACUCCCAGGAGUCUCUGAGGAUCUCCGAAAGCACCGUUUGCAGCUACAACAGAAUUCAAACCUGCUACGCCGUCUCGAGUCACGAUUCAUCGGAAAUGUCGCUGGUUUCGAAGCGCGAGUGUUCCGCUUUGUGCUACGAUACCGAAAACAUGGAGCAGAUCGUAUCGUCGCCGGGCUCGUCGUCGCCGCUGAAACGAUCCUGUACCUUAUCCUGCUGCGGCUACGCUACUUCACCGAAAAGAUUGCGCCCGCAUACCGAGGAUGAAAACGCGGCGCCCCAAGACGCGCCCCUCUGUCUCGUCAAACGUAAAGGUAUACCAGAACUCGCCUCCCAAGUCGAACCUGUUACCAGCACCGUCCCAACCCCUCCGGCGCCCCCGGCAGUCCCGUCCGUUCCACCCUCCGUAACCGCGACGAAGCGUGACGCCAUUCUCUUCAAACCCUACCUAGACAAUCCCAUCGCAAAACCCAUCGAGGAUCAAGUUUUGUUCAACGGUUUCACGCAUCAGUACAAUAACAAUAACAAUUGCCAGAGCGUUUGCAAUUUGAAUAGUAACAACGGAGCCGGGAACAGGAGCGGCGAAGGCUACGCCCUGGAGUUAAGUCUUAGAGUACCGAUCUCGUGGGGAACCCCCGCGCAAGGCCUUUACUCCGACUUAUCGCAGGUGGGCAGCGCCUUUGUGCGAUAUCCUACAGCGCCGCAUUACACCUAACUACUCACGCGCAGCUUUUAAUCUGUGAUGAGUAACGAUCAGUGGUGACCGAAUUCUAUCCAAACCGAAACGAAUCGCGGUUGGUGGCUGUUCGGAACGAUUAGAAAUGCUAAACGACGUCGUUCGGUUGGCCGCAGGUGGCACGAAAGUACACGCGUGGUCCGCGUUUCGUAUGGGUAUCAAUAUGCGACGGUGUACAUGUAUGAGCAGGCGAAACUACGACCGCCUGUAAUAACUUGUUUUAAUGAGAAGACGUGAGUUCUAUCACGUAUGAAACCACCGUCCUGUCGCUCGAACUCGGCAACGUGACCAAUCUUGGGAAUUGAUAAGAUCAGUAACAAAGAUUAGACUCUUAUACGAUUAGUGGAUCAAACCGAGAUUACAAUAUGCGAAAGGCGGGAGAAAAUAUUACAUUAUACCUUAGCGCCGUCGUGGUUCUCGUCAACAACGCUACUCUAUCUUGCCCUGCACUUCGAAUGCCGACUUACGAUUGCUUCUUUAUCUCAGAUAAGCCAAGUACAUCAGCUAGGCCGUCUAAAGGUCGCCAAAGGCCGAUAUACGUCGCACAAUCUAUAAUUACUAAAUUAUGUCAGAUAGAUAUUUCUAAGCCGUUCGACAGAUACGUGACCGCGAGGCGAGUUUCCGAACUGCUGCAUCAUACAACGCGAUCUAUAAAAACCCAAAGAAACUGCGACUCAAAGCUCAAUUUCUGUGAAUUAACUUUAUUCCAACUCUGGUAUACAUAUAUAAACAUCUGUUUAACACUAUACCUUUAUAAGCGUCGCCAAAUUAGGACGAAUUCAAUUGCUCAAAGAACCGCUUCCACGUAAAAAUUUAUGUAAUGGUAACGUGUAUUUUUUUAAAUGCAAUUCUGUAUAUAAUGUAAAUACGUAAAAGCAUGUUGAAUUAUUUUAUUAUUUUUAUUAUUAUUAUUAUUAAUAUUACAAUUAUUCAUUAUGUUGCUAUUAUUGAUACUAUUAUUGCUAUUAAUACUUUAUAUACAAAAUUUAUCAAUUUAUUGAAAAUUUCACAAUUAUUUUACACAUAGUGCCUGUUUGAAAAUAACUUUAGUACUGGUACGCAGCCUAGAAAACAAAAAAAAAAAAAAAUCGAAAUACUAGUGCACAAAAUAUCACAACGGUCCAACGUAAGUUAUAGAAAAUUUUGAAUAAAGGGUAUAUUUAUACGAAUAUAUACACAUAGUCAAUGCCCUACUAAUAUUCAAUACCUGUGCCUUAAAAACUGUCUUAUCGUUAGAUUUAAACUUUACGAAUUCAGUAAGAGUGCAUAAGUAAUUGAUAAAUCGUGUUCAUGAUAAAAUUUUUAAUCAAUGUCGACUAAUAAACUGUGCAUCAUGCCUUAUGUAAUACAGGGAAAGUUAUAAUAACAGAGGCCUUAAUAGAAACUUUUAAAUGAAAAACCUGAAACACCCUUAAUGAAAAAGGUAUUAUAUUGUACAUGGAAGGAAGGGGCGAGGGAAACCCAUGUAAAUUUAAGCCAUAAUAGUUGAAUAAAGCCAUAAUCCUUACACAAUAAAAAAUAUAGUAUUGUUGAAUGACUGACAAAAGAAAAUAAUAAUUUAAAUGUUAAUUAUGUAUAUGUGAUGAAUGAUCAGUAUCUAUAUUACCGAUUGUACAGCCCUCAGAGUCUAAUACUAAAGCAAUAUAUAUAUAUGGAUAUAUAUAUAUAUAUAUAUAUAUUUUAAGUGAUUGAGUAACAAAAAGAACUAGAUUUAUAUUUAUCAAAAUUAUAUUUUAAUACAGGAGUUCAAUUGUUAUAGCAAGAAUGUAGGGCGCGCGUUUGAAAUU